CUUUCUUCGUCCCACGGCCUUCAUGCCAUUCUCAAUUGUCAUUGUGUCAGGUUGAUGUGUGUGCUUCAUGCCAUGCCUUUCAUCCACGAUUACACUGACUGUACCAUCGACCGGGACAUUCUAAACUUGACGAAACCAUGGAUGCAGCCUACCACUCCAGGAAGAUUUCACUGUCGUACAAGUAGACGAAGCCGUUGCCAGGACCCAUCAUUAUAGGUGACGCCAUGAGUGGAGCACUAUUCUGACAGUUUUCCGACUCGACAUCACGUCCCGGGAUUCUUCAGGCUGCUGCCUCGACUUCUUGUGAUUUCUUAGCUUCCGACUCGGAAGCUUCUUACCGUAUUUCUCGGUGGUAUCGACAAUCAGGAGUCCACAUCAACAGCGGAAUCUUUUCAAGCUUGCCUUGUUCCGUCUCGGCAAGGCGUACAGCAGCUUUUGAGUCUACUCGAAAGCAAACUCGGCAAGGCGUGCAGCAGCAGCCAUGGAUCCGCUAGACGAGCUCGUGAAACUGCAGGAAGAGUACGACAAGCUCGAAUCGGUCUAUAACGCGGAUGUGUCCAAGGCUCUCAAGGCGUACCAGCGGACAUGCGAUCCUCUCUUUGAGAGGCGCAAGCAAAUCGUGUGUGGGGAGGCAGAGCCCACGGAGGAGGAGGCAGCAGCUGCCGACUCAGAGGACGAAGAUGAGGGGGGAGAGGGAGAAGAGGGAGAAGGGGAGGAGCAGCAGAAGCAUGUGGGAAAGGUUACUAAAGAGCCCAAAGGCGUGCCCAACUUCUGGCUCACAGUACUUAAGAAGCAUGACUCAAUAGCGGAGUUCAUCCACAAGCGGGACGAGGAGGCCCUGCAGAGCCUGACGGACGUGCGGGUGCGCCACACCUCCCCCUCUGGUGGUGCAAGCACAGUCACGCGGCUGGAGCUGCACUUUGGCCCAAACCCUUUCUUCUCUAACAAAACGCUCUGUAUCGAGACAGUGGAAGUGGCAGCAGGAGGAGGGGGGGAGGAGGAGGAAAAUGGGGAAGGCGAGGAAGGCGAGGAAGGGGAGGGAGGAGGGGGAGGAGGGGGAGGAGGGGGAGGAGGAGGAGAGGGAGGGUCGUUGGUGGUGGUGAAAGAGGUGUCGGAGAUUCAGUGGAAGAGUGCGGAGAAGAAUCUGACUCUCAGACAGAUUGUGAAGGCAGCGAAGAAGGGAAAGGGAGGCAAGGGGAAGAAAGGCGGAGGCAAGGAAGCAGAGCCCCCUGCGUCAGUCAAGACCAAGCCCUGCCCUUCCUUCUUCAACCUCUUCGCUCUCUCCCGCAACAUGCGUGGCAACAGAGCCACAGCACAGCACAGCAGCAGGGAGGGGAGGAGCAGAGGGGAGGAAGGAGAGGAGGGAGAGGAGGAAGAGGAGGGCGAAGAGGAGGAGGGGGAGGGGGGGUUGGGAGGCCUGCCCGUAUUUGGGGAGGAUCUGGGGGAGGUGCAGCUGAGGGUGCCGAGGGAGAGGGUGUUAUCUGAUGGCAAGAUGGACGUCUGGCAGGCGCUGUGCAACGAGGUUGUGCCCAGGGCAGUUGAGCUGUUUAUUAGCACAGGCUUUGGAGAGGAGGAGGGCGGAAUGGAUGGUGGUGAUGACGAUGCUGACGUGGCGGAUGAGGAGGGGUACGAGCACGUUCGGCGCCCUUCUUCCUCCGGACCUCAUCGGCUGGUUCGGCGCCGGAUCAGAGCACUGAAGCACCUUCAGCAGAAGCAGCAGUACGCAGAACACUCAAGAGCAGCUGCCAUUGCUGCUGCGCGCGCCUCUUUGAGUCAGCGCUCUGCUGGUAUCUUUGCGCGGCGAAAGGCGGUUGCCAUCGGGCCCAAGGCGCUUGAUAGUGGCGAUGCAGCAGCAGCAUCCCUCCCCCGCUUCUGGCUGCUCGCCCUGCGCUCCAUCCCGUGUGUAGUGGAGAUCAUACGGCGCAGGGACCAUCCCCUGCUGGCGCACCUCUCGGACAUCCGCUGGAGACCACUCAGGGGCAAGAAGGAGGGGGAAGAGGAGGGAGAGGAGGGAGUGGAGGGAGAGCAAGGGGGCAGUAAGAAGGGUGGAGAGAGGGGGGCAGCGGCUGAGUGUGGGAAGGGUGAGACUGGAUUCGUGAUAGACUUUGAGUUCCUGCCCGGAUGUAAGGAAUGGAUGGCCAAUCGCGUGCUCUCAAAGGCAUACUUUUUUCGAGGCCGGGCAGCCAGCGGUGGCGGUGGUGGUAGCGGCAGCGCUGGGGCUGGAGGUUCGGGGGGUGCCGAGGCUGGUGAGCUGGUUCGGGUGGAGUGUAUGACGCCGAUCGUGUGGGAGGAAGGCAUGGAGCUGACCCUGAGGGAGGUUCAGGACAGUAAAGGACGCCUCCGAGUCAAGCCCUGCCCCAGUUUCUUCCAGCUGUUUGACGACAAUCGCUGCCACCUGGCGUUUGCUGGUGACGAGGCCGUCCACCUGUCGGCCUCCGAUUUGGUGGAGAGGGAGGCUGACGUGGCGCUGGCCCUGCGUGAUGUGGCGAUCCCGCGUGCUGCUGAGCUGUACAGACAGGCCAAGGAGUGGGACCAUGGAGAGGAGGACGAGGAAGAGGAGGAAGAGGAGGAGGAGGAGGAGGAGGAUGAGGGGGAGGAGGAGGAGGAUGAGGGCAAUGGAAACAAGUCAAAAGCCUCCUUGAACGACGCGGCGAUCCGUAAGAAGCUUCUGGAGCGGAAGAAGAAGAAGAAGAGGGGAGGGGGAGACGGGGAUGACGAUGCCGAUGUGCGCAUAUGCGGGCUGCCACGAAACGUCGUGUUUGGUCUCCUGCUCCUGCUUUCAUUCUCGGCUCCAUUCAUUAUCUUUCUUGAUGAGAUUCUUAUGCGUUUGGGUUUGUGAUGGAAAUUAACAGCACCAAUGAGUUCACCCUCCAUGUGUCCCUUUUUUCCUUACCAACUCCAUUUUUUCCCGAAUCAUACAUUGUAUAUUGAUGUUCCUGCUAGUGUAACGUCUUCUUU